CAAACCACACGGCAAACCUGGGCACCGCGCGGGCUUCCUUGCCCCGCUCCGCAGCCCCGUCCCGCAGCCCCGUCCCGCGGCGGCCGGGCAGGGCUGGGCCGGGCCGGGCCAGGGGAGGAGCGGCGGCAGACGGAAGUGAAAACAAGAGCGGAGGGACGGAGCUGCCGCCUCGCAGACGCGCUGCGCUGUCCUCGCCUCUCCGCGCUGUGCCGCACCGCCGGGCAUCAGUCUUUGGAUUUGGUCGGUGAAUACUAAACAUCAUGAGCAACUACAGCGUGUCUUUGGUCGGGCCGGCUCCCUGGGGUUUCAGGCUUCAAGGGGGCAAGGAUUUCAAUGUGCCUCUGUCUAUCUCUCGACUUAAUGAUGGUGGCAAGGCAGCCCAAGCACAUGUGGGGAUCGGUGAUGUGGUUCUCACCAUUGAUGGCAUAAGCACGGAUGGCAUGACUCAUCUAGAAGCACAAAACAAGAUCAAGGCAUGUACAGGCAAUUUGAACAUGACUCUGCAAAGAGUGUCUUCUAUACAAAAACCUGAUCAUUUUCAUGUGACAAAGGCAGAACCUACCGAAGUAGUUAAGCCUGUGCCCAUUGCCUCUGCUGUCGCUCCCAAAGCCACUGCCACAGCCAGCGUGGCUUUCAAUAAGACACCGAGGCCGUUUGGAGCUGUAGCCUCCUCCAAGGUCACCUCCAUCCCGUCACCGUCCUCCGCCUUCACGCCGGCGCAGGCUGGAGUGCAUGCUAACGCCAAGCCUAACGCUGAGCCCUGGCCGCCUGCGCCGGCCGCUGCUAAACCUGCAGUUCCUGUCCCACGGCAGCACGGCGCCGCCGACGGCGCCCAGGACGCAGCCGAGGGGCCGCGACGAGGAGGCAGAGACAACCAGGGGGAGAGUAAACAGCAAAAUGGGAAAAACCCACCCAAACGCCCCCCGCGGAAGCACAUCGUGGACACCUACACGGAGUUCUACCACACGCCCACGCACAGCGACGCCAGCAAGAAGCGGCUGAUCGAGGACACCGAGGACUGGCACCCGCGCACCGGCACCACGCAGAGCCGCUCCUUCCGCAUCCUCGCCCAGAUCACCGGCACGGAUCACAUGAAAGAACCAGAAAAUGAAGCUGGGAAGAAGACUAAUGAUUCCCUGGAAGCCGCCCAGCCUGCCCCGGCGAGGAGCGUCCCUGCCUGCCAGGACAGCGUGGAUGUGAGAGCUGCCCCUGCCAACUCCUCACCUGCCCCAGCCCUCAAGCCUGUGGCACCCCUGGGUUCUGCCAAGGGCUGGCAGCCUCCCAACCAAGCAGCUCCUGUCAGUGGAUGGACAUCAAACAGUAUUAAGUCACCUGGAACAACUGCCUCGAGUGAAAAAGCUGCACCAACACCUCAGCUGAAUGAGCAGGACACGCUGGUUCAGCGGGCGGAGCAUAUUCCAGCAGGGAAGCGCACUCCCAUGUGUGCACACUGCAACCAGGUCAUCAGAGGACCCUUCUUGGUGGCUUUGGGAAAGUCAUGGCAUCCAGAGGAGUUUAAUUGUGCCCAUUGCAAAACCUCCAUGGCAUACAUAGGAUUUGUGGAAGAGAAAGGCAUGCUGUAUUGUGAGGUCUGCUAUGAGAAGUUCUUUGCCCCUGAGUGUUCAAAGUGCCAGAGGAAGAUCCUUGGGGAAGUAAUAAAUGCUUUGAAACAAACUUGGCACGUUUCCUGCUUCGUGUGUGUGGCCUGUCAUAACCCCAUCCGCAAUAAUGUUUUUCACUUAGAAGAUGGUGAUCCCUACUGUGAGACGGAUUACUAUGCCCUCUUUGGUACCAUGUGCCGUGGCUGUGAAUUCCCCAUUGAAGCUGGAGACAGGUUUCUUGAAGCCCUGGGCCACACUUGGCAUGACACCUGCUUUGUAUGCUCAGUAUGUAGUGACAGUUUGGAGGGCCAGACUUUCUUCUCCAAGAAGGACAAGCCACUGUGCAAGAAACAUGCCCACUCUAUCAACAUCUGAAUCUUGGCGUUCGUCUUGUGUAACAAAUGUACUGAGCAGAAAGGUUAAAAUGUCCGCGUUCAAUAAUUGGUUAAAAUUAUUUAUGCCACAUUUUUCUAAAAUGUAAAAGUGAUGUGAAAACUUGCAGAAAGGAUUGUACACUAAUUUUGUACACUAAUUUUUCAGAGUGUUUAUCAUUUAUGAUUUUGCUUCAUAAAAAGAAAGGUAUCAGGAAUUGCACCCAAGCCAAACAAUUAGUGUGUCUUUAUCUCUGUGCUUCACUCAUUAUUGUAUUUCAUGAUUUUAUGACCACAUUUAUCUCUGUUUCAUUAUAAGAAGUGAAGCAUCUAUAAAAGUAAAUAUCUGAUAUUAGAGGUCUCAGUCUUGCUGCUAUUCAAGAAAUAAAAGGAGUUUGGAUUCAGCAAUCCCCAUUACUUUAUUUCAGCGAUGUUUUUAAAGUGUGUCCAGUAAUAUUGCAGCUAAACUCCAUUAAAAAUAACUCAAAGUAAAGAUAAGAUUACACAAAAUAUAUAGUUCCAAAACUUUUUUUUUAAUCUGAUAUUUGUAUUCAGAAAGUUUCCUACACAAUUAGAUGUAGCUGUGCCUUUGCACUUAAAUUUCUGAUGGGUUUGCAAGAGACAGAGGUUUUUACAAAGCAUUUAAGUGGCUAUGCUGGUAAAAAAGAAUAUUUAGAAGAUGCCACUUAAAACAUAAAUGGGAUACUUUUCUGUAACUCAUGUACUACCAGAACACUAGCAAAAAUCCCUUGCUGCUGAGAGUGUGUUUGAUAGAAUGAAAAUGUCAGAUCAAAUCUUAAGGGACAGGGAUUUCAACUCUUCUGUUUGUAGUUCAGGUUUUAGGUAGCUUUAAGUGCCUUGUGAAGGGGAAAUUGUGCUGAAUCUGCACGUAACAACGUUUUGAAUCCAGAAUGUGAGAUUCUGGUGUUGAAUGAGGGAAACUGCUGAAGUGCAACUGAGGACAUUGGUUUUUUUCUCAGUACAUUCUUUACCAUGUAGCUCAUGAAUAUGUAUAUUGGUGAUGUGCCAGGUGGCAUACUGAAAACUUAACUUGCUCAGCUGUUAGGAUUUUUAUUAGUUAAGGAUUUAUUUUUCACUUUUCUUCCAGAUGUAGGGAAUGUAUUGUUAAAUGAUAUUCCAUUGGUUUAAGCAGCCCAGUACCUCUCAGAUCUUGCAAGGGAGCAGAGAGACAAUGCUGUCAUUAUGCAUUUGCCACUAGCCAGAUCAGCUGAUUCUGUGGCUUGAUAGGAAUUUUGCAUCCACACAGAGAGGCAGUGCCAGAGCAGUGCACCAGCUCAGUCCCCCUUAGCCUCAAAUUAGGGCUUAACUGGUUUAAUUGGAGCAAUUGCAGGCAGCCAGGGAGGAGGUGUGCUCCUCUGCACAGGGGGAAUUUGCUUCUGCAGAAUUGCACAACAGUGAAGGGAGCUCUCUCAGGACCAGAGCAGAUACCUGAAGGAAACUGAAUUUACAUGCUGUUUGAUUCAACGGGGUUGUCAGAGCUGAAUUGUUAGUCUUUAGUGCUCUUUCUAGUAGUAGACGUUAAAAAUAACCAUUUACUGGUUUUGCUGUUGUGGGGUGGGUUUUUUUACUGAUUAAAGGGAUAGUUUUAUCCAUAAAACUGUGGAUAAAAAAGUAAAAAAAAAAAAUUGCUAUGGUUGAGUAAAGCAAUUGUAAUGAGGAGCAUCAGCAAAAGAGGAGGAAAGAAAACCAAACUUGCUGUACUGAAAUAUGAAAAAAUUUUUUGGGUUUUUAUUAAUUCAGUGAGACAGGUUCACAUUGUGGGGCUGUUUCACUUUAUUUCCUGAAGUUGUUUUUAUUCAAUAUUACCACGUUUCUUUUUUAACUUCUAGUGGUACAGAAGAAAUUUGGUAAAUUUGGUGAAUGUUGGUAAAUAAGAAAUUUGGUGGUACGGUAUAAAGCUGUUUAAAAUGUUUACACUCUCGUAGAUCUACCCUUUUGUGAGUUUGGCUGAAAAACAGAAGGGUGGAAGGAGACUGGGCAAGACACAGUAACAUAUAAUCCAGGUUGCUUUUAAAAUUAGGUGGAAUGUGGAGAAAUGAGACCUAUGGACUAGGUUUCAGUGGAGCUUUAUUGCACAUGUGUGAGGAAAGAGGGGGAAAUGCACAGGGAAAGGCGUUCCAUAAUUUUUGUGAUUCAAACCUUGCAAUUUUAACGUGGGAUAAAAACUUCUCAGUUUGUCAUUGUCCUUAAAAUCCAGUUAAAUUUUUUUUUUUAACCUCAUAAUUUUAAUUGGAAUUUUAUUUUUAAUCCAUAUGCUCUAGGGUUUCAAAUUUUGCAGUUGUUAAUGAAUUUGAGGACAAAAGCCUGAAAGGCUCCAAUAGAACUGCUUCAUUUAGCUGCUUUGCCUUUUAAUUUCUGCUUUUAUCUAUUUGUUUAAAAUUUUAAAGGAAGCAUAGAAUCACUGAUAGAUAAUGAAUAUUUAAUGGCUUUACCAAAUUAUAUAAAUCAAUUAAAAGGAACAUAAUUUUUAUCAUUAUUUUAAUAAGUGAGAUUUUAGUAGAGCACUUUAUAAUAACGCCAUAUAUCUCACUGAAUAUUUAUUACCUUUUUUGUUGUUGUUGUUUAGAACUAUUUCAUCCUGUUAUUAUUUUUAUUUUAAGCCUGCCUUUACCUCUAGAAUCUUUUGGGGUCUGAGUGUAUGUGUUUAAAUAUACUUCUUUCUACAUGCACAUGUAUGCACAUGCAUGGAGAGACAUGAUUGUAAAUGUGCAUUUGAAUGCAGACUUGACAUAGCAAGAAAUCAUUUGGGGAUUUAGUGAGAUUCCCAACUGCUUUUCACACAACACACAUACAGCAUCCAUGUUAUGAGGGAAUGUUACAGAGUCAGGACAGAUAUAUUAGUUACCUAACUACUGUAGAUCUUUGCAUGCAUUUUCACUCAGUCAUUGUUUUUCUUCCAGAACUGCCUGUGAGAGAAUUUGGCUUAACUCUGUUUGGAGGUAGAAUGUCUUUAUAAGUGAAUAAUUCAUCCAUGAUGACAGUUUCAGUAUGUUGUAAUGAAGCAAUUCAGGAUUACAUGUAAAUAUAAAUGCUUAAUAUAACAAUGUCAUAAACAUAAAAGCAGGAGUUGAGUUGUGGUUCAGUGUGUGUUGGUCUGUUAAUUGUGUACUUAUUUCUUCACAGAGCUACUUGCAUCAUCUAGCCAUGCCAGCUGCUUUGCAAACAUUGUUUCAUGCUAAACUACCAGCUGUUAAGUCCUGGUGAUUCUUUGCUUGUGUUUAAUAAUUUUUGGCAUUAAAUUUUGUCUGUUCACAUUUGCGAUUUUAAUUACAAUUGAAAAACAUAACAAGCAAAUAAACCCUACUCAAAAC